AGCCCAAAAAUUUUCAUCGCCUCCAACAGUCUUCUAAUCAGAGAAGAUCUGCAACCUUAUUAACUGAAUUUCUCCUAUGUGCGUCCUGCUUUUCUCCAGCUUUUUCUUCUGCUUCUUCCUCCCGGCAUUUCAUCGCCUCGCCCUAACUUAGAUUCGGGAGGACUAGUGGAUUGGAAGCUUGACUGAGGACCGGAAUCGAUAGAAGAGACAGAGAGAGAGAGAGAGACUCGGAUAAAUGAAUCGUUUCUUCCUCGUAAAGGAAGAGUACUCUGGGGGAUCCGGUGAUCAUCAGUAUGAACCGCCGGCGGCGAUGAUGACGGUGACACCACCGGCGCCGCAGCCAAUCGAAGGUCUCCACGAGGUCGGACCGCCGCCAUUCCUGACCAAGACAUUCGAGAUGGUGGACGAUCCGAUCACAAACCACGUCGUCUCGUGGAGCAGAGGCGGCACCAGCUUCGUUGUCUGGGAUGCUCAUUCCUUCUCCACUAACCUCCUCCCUCGGUUCUUCAAGCACAAUAACUUCUCCAGCUUCGUCCGCCAGCUCAACACUUACGGUUUCCGCAAGAUCGAUCCGGAGCGAUGGGAAUUCGGCAACGAGGAGUUCCUCCGAGGUCACAAGCAUCUGCUGAAGAACAUCCGGCGAAGGAAAGCUCCUCCUAAUCCUCCUUCUCCUCAUCCUUCUUCUUUCCAUUCUCAGGCCCUAUCCAUUCCUCCCUAUCAAUUUCAUCAUCAUCAAGCGUCGGGGAGCAAUAACGUCGUCUGGUUCGACGGGGAAGUCGACCGAUUGAAGCGAGACAAACAGGUGCUAACCAUGGAGCUAGUGAAGCUCCGACAGCAGCAGCAGAGCACAAAAGCCUACGUGGCAGAGCUGGAGCAGAGGCUGCAAGGAACGGAGACGAAGCAGCAACAGAUGAUGCAGUUCCUGGCUGGGGCGGUUCGGAACCCGGCCUUCUUGCAUCAGCUGGCGCAGCAGAAGGAGAAGAGGAAAGAACUGGAGGAAGCCCUGAGGAAGAAGCGGAGGCGGCCGAUUGACCAGGGCCGCGGUCGCGGUUGUCGGAGUUCUGAUUUCGCCGUUGGUGAAUCGAGCAAUUGGCAAGUGAAAUCGGAGCCUCUGGAUUACGGAAUCGGAGAAUCGCCGUUUGGAUUUACGGAGCUGGAGUCCCUGGCGCUUGAAAUGCAGGGGUACGGGAAGGGGAUUAGGAAGGAGAGAGAGGAGGAAGCGGAUGAGGAUGAAGAGGCGGAAGACGACGGUUUUGAAUCGAUGUCGGACCGGGAACUCGACGACGGGUUCUGGGAAGAAUUGCUGAGCGAGAGCACCGGCGAGGGCGGAGGGGAAGAACAGGAAGACGUCAAUACCUUGGCCGAGCGCUGGUAGCAAGUGAUGAUGCAUCGUUGGGACAAAGAGGGGUUGUCAACUUGUUGUCAUCAAUGAUAUACAAGUUGUGUGUCAGGAAGCAAUUUUAAAAUGAGAGACGGCUGGGAUCGGAUUGUCUACUGCAAGUUGCAAGAAGAGUUUGACGGUGACCUAAAAAAGGAUGUGCACAUGCUCACAGGUCACAAGGUACAAGAUGGGGCUGGCUAUCGCUUGUACUUUUCCUUUACCCGGCCGACGGGUAAUAUGAUGAAACGACGGGAGUUAUCGAUCGGCGUCCGGUGGUUGGUCGGAUAUGGUUUUCGCGGUGGAUUGUGGUGGUCGGUGAUGAAACUUCUGGUUUAGCAAUUUGGUAAUGUAGAUAUUUCACGUUUAUGGGUUAGGGCAGAGGCAAUCAUUUUCAAUCAUUGUGGACAGUGGGUACCAGAACGAGUCGUGACCCCAAUUUCAUUUUUCUUGAGUUAUUUUUUCUCCAUCACACAAUGGGAUUGCGUUGCGUUCCAUUGGUCGGUUGUGCUGCCUUCACAAAAUUUCAUGCAACUCGUAGGCUUUCAUACCAACCACAAACUCUGCCUGAGUUUUUGCAUGAUUUGGAACAGUACGGAAUUGAUGUUGGGACUCGAAUUUGAACAUUUAAUUAUUAGUACAU